UCUCUUCCUUUCCUUUUUCCCGCUGAACCCAGAUUUUGAAUGAUCGUCAGAUACGGCUGUAGACAGCAGGACGAUAUACGCUGCGCACCCACGGAGAGAACGAGAAGGUGUUCACUGUUGCCUUCACCGCCCGCUCCGGAAUGGUCCGGAACGCGUUCUGAGAGGCGUUUGGCGCUCUCGCGUCUUCAGCAAAGAAGCAUUCACGAGAACCCUUUGGUUUCUUGGGGUGUUUUUCUCUCUCUUCUUUUGAGUGCUUCUCUUUAAGGGUUUUUGGUGGCUGUGGAGUGUUUGGCGUGAUACGACAGAAGUUAUGGCUCAGGCGAAGUGGGAAGCUGAGAAAAUGUUAGACAUCUAUGUCUACGAUUACUUUGUCAAAAGAAACUUACAUGCUACCGCACGGAGCUUUCUAGCCGAGAGGAAAAUCUCGACACACCCUGUUGCGGUAGAUGUGGCUGGCGGUUUUCUGUUCGAGUGGUGGUCUGUCUUCUGGGAUAUAUAUAUGGCAAGGAUUCAUGAGAAACGCUCCAACACUGCUACCUCCUAUGCCGAGGGACAGAAUCAGCAUCAAAUUGGCUUCAACCAGUGGCCGAAAUCUCAGAUGCAGUCAUAUCAUCCUGCCAGUCAACUGCAGUUGCAACAGCAAUUGAUGCCCCAAGCACAGCCAAUGACAUCCCCAUCUGUUUAUGAUUUAGAAAGCAGAAAAUUGAGGGCGCUUUUCCAAAAGCAGAGUCUAGGUUUUGGAAUAGAUGAGAUGAAUGAUACGGGCGAUCUACUUGCUAAUGUUCGGCCUACAGCACGUAUUGGCUAUCCUGUACUUCCCUGUGGUGAUGUGGAUGUCCUAUUGAAGCAAGCGGAGUAUCCACAGAGCUCACUUUUGAACCAUCAAUAUCAAAAUUCUAGUAGUCCUUUCCCAUACCCAAAUAGAGUUUUAUCUUCAGGAGGUACGAAUGCUGAUGGCAGCUUGCAAAUGACUUUCAAGGAAAGUUUCCAGGCUUCACAAAAAGAAACUGUGCAAAAGAGAAAGCGGCCAGAUUCAGCUUCAUUCCCCGCAAAACAUUUGAAGAAUGUGGAUGCUUUUGGACUUUUUUCUCAUACUUCCUCAACACCUUCUAUCAUCACACUGGACGACAACAUCUCUGUAUCUUCUUUGCGACAAACUGAUCAUUCCUCUACGCCUUUUCCCCUAGUUGGUUCUGAUGCUACAGAUCCAGCAUCCAACAGAUUGGCUCAGACGAAUGUGGUUUUGGAUGAUGCAUCUUUGGCAGACAAAAACGAGUCUCUCUCAUGCUAUGAAGAUUUAGUCACCAGGGACAAGGUUGUUAGCAAUGGCCUCACUAUUACUGAAUUCCAGAGUCUUCCUACAAGUCCAAGUGAUAUUGAAUUUUGUCACUUCUCAUACGAUGGGAAACUGCUUGCAACUGGUGGACAUGAUAAAAAGGCAACAUUCUGGUGCACCAAGUCGCUUAGAUUGAAGUCAAAGCUUGAAGAACAUUCCCAGUCGAUUACAGAUGCCCGCUUCAGUGCAAGAAUGCCUCGGUUCGCUACUUCAUCAGCUGAUAAAACUGUCAGAGUUUGGGAUGCUGAUAAUCCUGACUAUUCCCUUCGAACUUUCACUGGACAUUCUUUUUCUGUUACGUCCCUGGACUUCCAUCCAUGGAAAGAUGAUCUCAUCUGCUCCUGCGAUAAUAACAUUGAGAUCCGGUAUUGGAGCAUCAAGAGUGGCCGCUGUGUGGGGGUUAUCAAGGGCGGUUCAAGCUGUAUGAGAUUCCAACCCCGCGUUGGAAGGUUUCUUGCAGCUGUUGCAAAGAAUGUUGUUUCGAUACUUGACGUGGAGACUCAAGUCUGUAGGAUGAAAUUGCAGGGUCAUGAAGGCACUGUCAAUACUGUCUGCUGGGAUUCUACCGGCGAGCAUUUGGCAUCUGUGAGUGAUGAUUUGGUUAAAGUGUGGAAAAUUGGCUCUGGCGGCAAUGCAGAAUGUGUUCAUGAGUUGAUCUCUGCCGAGAACAAGUCCCAUGCAUGUGUCUUUCAUCCCACUCAUCCUUCUGCAGCAAUCAUCGCCUGUUCUGAGAAUCUGGAGCUCUGGGAUAUUGCUGAGAACAAGAAAGUGACCCUCCGUGCGCACAACGAACCGAUAUCUUGCCUGGCUGCAUCUAGUGUCAACGGUCUUAUUGCUUCUGCUAGUCGCGAUAACUGCAUCAAAAUUUGGAAAUGAGGUGAUCGUUCCUCGUUUCCUUUUCUCUCUUGGGUUGGUGCAGGUCUUAACAGGUAUAUAUACCAGUUUUUUCAACUAUAUUAUGCCACUUUGGGGAAAGGAUCUGUUUAAUGGGUUUUGGCUUUACCCUUUGCUCUUGAAGAGCUUGCAUAUAGUACAGUUUUGCCUCUGUUGCAAAAGUCUAAAAGCUUGCAUAUAGUAGUACAGUGCAGAACGCAAAGAGUACUGUCGUGAAAUACAUGAACUUCAGUGAGAAACCUUCUGGUUUCUUGGUUAAUCUUCGAAACACUACAAUAUGAUAAUACAUAUACCACACAUUCUCA